AUGUCUGAUCCACGAUUCGCCAGGUUCAAGACCGACCCUCGCUUUCGUCGUAUUAAAAACCAUCAGUCAAAAGUUGUUGUAGACGAUCGCUUCAAGAGUGUGCUCGAAGUCGGCAGCAAGAAGCGGAAGAAGGGCAAAGGGCGCGUGGACAAGUAUGGAAAACCACUGGCGGAUACACAAGAGCAGGAUGACUUGCGCCGAUUCUACCGCAUAGAGCAAGACGACAAGCCCGCUGAACCGGAAGCGAACGCUGGUCCAGAUUAUGCUCGCGGAGCGGUACUCUUGGAAUCAUCUGAUGAGGAGGCAGAUGGACCUGAAAACACAGUGGGAGAUGACGAAAGCGACAUAGAAGGCGUCGUUACCCUGGGACGCGACAUCUCGAAGCCCAUUGCUGUUCCGGAUGAAGAACAAGAAAUUGACCUGGAUGAAAACAGUUACGCUGAGUUGGAUGCUCAGGCUGCUGCCUACGCGAAAGCGAAUCCAGAGCAGGAAGAGGUUCAAGUUCCCCGCACUCGGCGACUUGCAGUCGUGAACUUGGAUUGGGACUGCGUUCGCGCAACUCAUCUCUAUCGCAUUUUUGCGUCGCUCGUGUCGCCAAAUGCAUCUGCUGUGGCCUCUUCGUCCACCUCCACCUUCAUUGUCAAAGGAAAGCAAAGGCAUACUGUGACUCAGGUUGUGCGUGGCAAAGUCUUGAGUGUUCGAGUAUAUCCCAGCCAGUUCGGCAAGGAACGCAUGGCUAAGGAGGAGAAGGAGGGUCCUCCCCCCGAGGUCUUCAAGAAGAACAGGGAACUUGACGCUGAAGAAAUUAACGAGCGUACUAUCUAUGAGACGGGUGAUGGCGAGGAUUACGAUGAGGAUAUGCUCAGAAAAUAUCAGCUAGAGAGGUUAAGGUAUUACUACGCAGUUUUGGAAUGUGACACCGUGGAGGCUGCCUCCCAUAUCUACACCGAGUUGGAAGGGUCAGAGCUCGAGCGUUCUGCGAACGUGUUCGAUCUCAGUUUUGUGCCCGAUAACAUGACUUUCGACGAUGAACCCAGAGAUGAAGCUACUGACGAUUUGAACGUCCCUUACAAAGGUUUAGAGUUCGUGACAGAUGCUCUUAGGCAUUCAAAAGUCAAGUUGACAUGGGAUGAGGACGACCCGGAGCGGAUACAACUGACGCGGCGAAUUCUAUCGCGCAGAGAGAUUGACGACAAUGAUUUCAAGGCCUAUAUAGCCUCGUCCACGUCCGGAUCGGAGGAUGAGGCCAAUACUAUUAUUCAGAAACGCGGAGAGAAAGGGCCUAUCAAUCGAGACAAGCUCCGCUCACUUCUGCUGGGGAGCGACGUGGAUAUGCCCGAAGGAUGGAACACGGGUCGUGGGGAGGAUGAUCGUGAGGUCGACAUGGAGAUCACGUUCACACCUGGACUCAGCACAGCAAAUGAUGACCAGGAGGAGACUACGCUUGAGAAGUACAAGCGUAAGAUGAAGGAGAAGAAGAAGAAGCGCAAGGAAGAGAUGGCGAAGAAGGGAGCCGAUGAUCAUGCGGAUGAGAAACCGCGUGUGGAGGACGACUUCUUCGCCGGGGAAAGCGACGAUGAGUCGGUUGACGAGGAUGACGAUACAGAGCCGGAUGUGCACAAGGCGAAAGGGAAGCGGGGGAAAUCCCCGAACGUGAUCAUAGCCAGUCAUCUGAAGGAGCCAAGCCGACAUGUGUCGACUGCCGGGGAGCUUGCUCUUCUUGCUUCCUCGGGCAAUCCCGACGGCGAGCCCAAACAUUUCGACAUGAAGGCAGUAAUUAAAGCAGAAAAGGCUAAGGGUAGGAAGAAACGCAAGAAGACGGAUGCCGAAUAUGAAAACGAGCUGCAGGAGGACUUCACAAUCGACGUCAAGGACGAACGUUUCAAGGCUGUCCACGAAGAUUAUGCCUUUGCGAUCGACCCUAGCAAUCCUCAUUUCAAGAAGACGGAGAGUAUGUCUGCACUUCUGGAAGAACGUCAUAAGAGGCAGGGCAAGAAAGCAGCUGGUGCGAGCAAACGAGCUGUUGUGGAACCACGGGCUUCGGUGGAGCAGAACAACCUGAAGGGCUUGGUAGACAGUGUGAAGAGGAAGAGCGCAGUAGCAGAGCAUGCAGGAGUUGGCAAGCGAAGAAGGAUUUGA